AUGUCGGAUGGGCUGUCGCUCCUGUCACAGGCGCUGCAGCAGCCACGAGACUCUGACCAACAGGUAGAGGCUCUGAGGCGUCUGCGGGCCGCACUCGAGGAGAACCAUGGCACGCUAGCGAUCAUCUGUCCGACUUUGCUGCCCAUGCUCAGUACACCUAUCGGGCGUGUCUUGAGAGAAUGGAUCCAGGACCUCAUGACAUACAUCUUCUGCCGAGCGUCUAUCAUGCCCGAGCAGAAAUUGCAACUGGCCAAUCUCGCCCUAGAAGCGCUCAAGGAGACACUCAGGGAUCCCCGGCGAGAGGCACAGAAGACUGCCAUCCAGUGCUUUGCAACGCUUUACCCGCUCUAUCUGCGGUCAGCAUGCGACAAGCGCGAUGGAGAGCGAUGGGACAAGGUGAUCCACCUCAAGAAUGAGAUCCUGCAGAUUUGGACAGUUGGCUCGACGGGCGUCAAGAUUGCGACGACCAAAGUCAUCCAGCGCAUCAUUCAGGCACAGUCCAGGAUAAGCAAUGACCCCAGAAUGCGACGGACAGAGGAAACAAGUCUGGCGAGCGUGCCCGUCAAUCAUCCCUUUCUGCGACCGCAGACGCUCGAGCAAGAGGCUCAGAAGCUGCUCGAGGAACUCAUCAAGACACUCUUCAUGACCCGUACGCCAGAUCUCAUCUCCGCCAUCAUCAAUGCGCUCGUCUUGCUUGCAAAAGCUCGGCCGCUACACGGCCAGCUCAUCGUCACGACUUUCACCAAUUGGACACCCAAUGCCCUCGGCAACCUGUCUUUCACUCAAGUGAGGAGUGUAGAGAAGACACUGAGGAUAGCGCUGGUGCACCUGUCCCGCGUACCCUCCGUCACGCUCUACAAUCCCCAGAUUCUCGAAUAUCUAGAGCAGCAGACGAGCCGAAUGGCGCUGGCUGCAGAAGCCGACCAGAAGCGUAGAGAAGACGACGCUGUCCGCAAACGAAGUCGGAUCGCCGACGAACUCUCCGAAGCCUCAAAACGGCAAAAGACCGCUCAUACCGCUGCUGUGCCUGACCGGCCGGCUCGGAGCACGAUGGAUGUGUUCCAGAGCGCGAGCCAGAGCAGUCUGGCAUCAUUUGACGUCACAAGCCUGCCCUUUGACACUGUGGUAGAUCUGAUCAUCGCCAAUUUUCAGGUCAUCACAGAUGACACGCUCACAAGCUCUAUCGACCGCAUUCGACAGAAUCUUGGGGCCGACGGGCGAACGCGCCACGCUGCGGCUGGACCUAGCGAGGCUGCGCCAGUUGAUCCUCUUAAGAUGGAGGUGGGCGAAGACGAUCUCGGCAUGCUACCGCUUGCUCGCGAUGCUGUAGAAGGCUCGCCAGAGGUUGAAGAUGCAGGACUCGACACGUUCGAGUUGCCCGCGCCAUCCAAGCUCAUCCAAGGAGCACAGGAGCAGAUCUUGCUGAAUGCUGCUGCUCGCAUCUGCACUGCUGGAGCUUCAGCCAUGGCAGAUCCUUACGGCUCGGCAGCAGCAGUCAGCGAGCUAUGGAUACCCACUUUAGCCAGGCUCAUCAGCCGCGGUUUCGAUUCCCAGGGCGAAUACGCCCAGUCCUUACGGCAAAUGCUCUUUGAUUUCGUUACCGCCGACUUUUCGGCGCGCAUAGAACUUGCCCGACUCUGGCUCAACGAGGAGUGGUUCACUUACAGGCCAGAGCCCGAGGUCACGAUCAGUCCUUACGAGACUUGGCUAAAUCGUCUGCUGAGCCAUGCCGCAAGCAAUGCUCAGCGCUCGGAUGAGGGACACAAGUCCUUUUCGCAGUUUAUUCUCGACUUGCCAGAACUACCGCGCUCCGAGUUCAACCGUCUAGAGGAUAUGUGCCGCGCCCCCGCUCAACUCAAGCUCGGCUUCACCACGCUUCGCGAGCUCGCAGCCUUGCGACCGACAUUACGGCCUGACGCUCUAGAUGUCUUGCUCUCAUUGACGACUGCGACAGAUAAGCUGCCGCGCAAUGCUGCCAUCCAGACCGUGAGAGUAUGGGCACCCGAUGUACAGCCAUUGGCAGAUACGGUCAUUCAAUUUGCACUACAACUGCUCGCGCGUCUAGACCAGUCCAAUGCGCCUCCGUCUGAGCCGGACCCAGUAGAGCAAAAGCCGCGGAUCGCAAACGAGGCUGGGCCCACAGCGAUCAAUGGCAGCGUCGACAUGGAGCAUGAUGACGAAGAGAAGAAGCCAGAGAUCCAGCAAGCACAAAAUGCUAGAGUGGUUGGCGCCCAGAUUGUCGACGAUUUACCGUACCCAAGCACAUCUGGCGAAGUCGUUCGACACAUCGAACUAUUGCUUGGCUUAUGCAUCAAAUCACCCGAGCUGCUGACUGACCUUUUUGUGGCCUACGUCAAAAUGGCGCCAAUGGUCCAGGCUGCCGUCGAGGAAGCUAUUACUGGCCUGAUCAGACAUCUCGGCGCGUCUCACCCUCGUAUUCUGGACUUAAUCGAAAACCCACCGGCCGGCUCAGAGCCACUCGUCCUUCGCGUCCUCGCUAUUUUCACAGUCAAAGGCAAGCCGCCGCAGGAGCUGGUUGACCUGAUCAAGAGCAUGGCGGCCGAGAAAGAACUCAGCCCGCGAUUCAUCGUGCCAAUCCUCUCAGAGCUUACCAAGCAUGAGAUCCUGACGCAGCUACCUCGUGUCAUGACGCUGUUAGGCGGCAAAGCACCCGAAAAAGAGCUCAUUCGCGCUGUACUUGAUGCUGUUGUAAUCCGACCGCCACGCGACUACGGCACAGUAUCGACAAACGUCGCUCGAGUCCAGCAAAGCGAGCUGCUCACGCCCGUCGAAUUGCUUGUCUUGCUGCAUAUGCAGGAGAAGCAGAUUGGCCUCAAGGCAACCAUCGAAGCUAUCGGGCUGUGUUUCUCGAUGAGAGACGUCUUCCUCCCGGAGGUUCUAGCUGCCUCGAUGCAGCAGAUCAUGGACGAGCCGCAAUUACCGACGCUCUUUAUGAGAACAGUGAUUCAAUCGAUCUCGGUCCACAAGUCACUGAUGUCCUUUGUGUCCAAUACAUUGCUGGCCCGUCUCGUCACGAAGAAGAUAUGGGAGACGCCACAGCUCUGGGAAGGCUUCAUAAGAUGUGCAAAAUCUAUUGGACCUCCUUCAUUUGGCGCGCUGCUGCAGCUUCCGCGAGAUCAGCUCAAGGAUCUGGUGGCUAAGCAGCCCACGCUCAGACCUGCCCUGAAGGACUUUGUGAUCAAAAAGGUCGGCAGCAAUAAGGCGCGCGUCACGUUAUUGCUCGAGGCGCUCGGGGAAGAUCCAGGGACGCCUCAGUCAGUAGAAUCGCCAGGCGCGACCGGGAUGCUCUCUCCAUCGAGCGAUUCGCAAGAUCGGACACCUCACACGACAGGUAUGCGCACGCCCGUGCCUGUGGCUAGAUAG